GUUGUGACUUGUGAGUUUGUCUCAUGGACUUCUCUAAUUCCUUAUUCUUUUGCUUCCUUGAUUGAAUCCAAAUGUCUUUACUUAUCCAUAAAAGUUUCAGCUGUCAUUAUCCUCUCUCAAAUUAUAUGUGGAGUACAGUUGCAGCAUUUAAUACUCUUCUUUCUCACUGCUUUCUUAUUUUCCAUACCUUUUCAAACAAAAUUCCUACUUUUUUUAUUCUUUUUAUUUUUUAAGUUAUUUUAUUUUCUGUGGCUCACCCUUUCCUCUACCCUUCUGCUUGAAGCAGCUUCACUGUUUACAGACCUUCAAAUCUACCCUUCUUUCUAAGGGAUCUAACCCUACUGGAUCCUAAUACACAACCCUUUCUAACUUCCAGUUCUUCUCCACAAUUUCUUAGAUUUUUUGUUACCCUUUAUCUAAUUUGAGAUAAUCAUUAAUACCCAUGUGCUUGAUUCCCCUUUCAUCAAUUGUACUGUUUGUUCUUCUUCACUUUUCUUAGAUCUUCUGCUUAAUGUUCAGUUUUUCAGCUUAAUCUGUAUUAAAAGGGAAACUUUUUCAGUAUUUUGGUCUUAAACUGUUCAAAUCUUCUUCUCUUGUUUCCUUUGAUUCCUGGAUUGCAAGUAGAUUCUUUUAGCUGCAUAUCAAAAUUUAUAAUCUUUUGAGUUUUUAAGAAGCUUCUUGGAUCUAAGAAUUUAGGGUUUCUUCUAUUUUUGCUUUUAACAUCUGUAUCAGUUAUAUUUAAGCUGAAAGAUUCUUUUUUUGAUUUGGGUUUUGUUGGAUUUUUUUUAGUCUUAUAAGGUCAUAGUAAAGUUGGCACUAUUAGGGUAAAAUUUGCCACUUUUUUUGGGCAGUUCUGAUCUGGCUUUGAGUGAUUUUUGUAAGCUGGUUCAAGCACUCAUCAUUUGGAUCCAUUUUAUUGAUUAUUUGGUUUAAGGGGCCUUUAAUGCUUUGUGGAAAAAAUGCAGCCUGAUCAAAGGAGAAAGACAUCUGUGGAUGUGGACUUCUUCACAGAAUAUGGUGAAGGUAGCCGGUAUAAGAUAGAGGAGGUGAUUGGUAAAGGAAGUUAUGGUGUUGUUUGUUCUGCAUAUGACACUCAUCUAGGAGAGAAAGUAGCAAUCAAGAAGAUAAAUGAUAUAUUUGAGCAUGUUUCGGAUGCUACUCGCAUCUUACGUGAAAUUAAACUCCUUCGGCUUCUUCGCCAUCCUGAUAUUGUAGAAAUCAAGCACAUUUUGUUGCCUCCGUCAAGAAGAGAAUUUAAAGAUAUUUAUGUUGUUUUUGAGCUGAUGGAGUCUGAUUUGCAUCAAGUUAUCAAAGCCAAUGAUGAUUUGACUCCGGAGCAUUAUCAGUUCUUUCUGUAUCAGCUCCUUCGAGGCUUAAAAUACAUUCAUACUGCUAAUGUCUUCCAUCGAGACUUGAAACCAAAGAAUAUCUUAGCUAAUGCUGAUUGCAAGCUCAAGAUAUGUGACUUUGGCCUUGCAAGGGUGGCCUUUAAUGACACACCCACCGCUAUAUUUUGGACAGAUUAUGUGGCAACAAGAUGGUAUAGGGCUCCUGAAUUGUGUGGAUCCUUCUUCUCCAAGUACACUCCAGCUAUAGAUAUCUGGAGCAUCGGGUGCAUUUUCGCUGAACUUCUUACCGGGAAACCUCUAUUUCCCGGAAAGAAUGUGGUCCACCAACUGGACCUUAUGACCGAGUUGUUGGGAACUCCAUCUGCUGACGCCAUUGCUCGGAUACGCAAUGAGAAAGCUAGACGAUACUUGAGUAGCAUGCGCAAGAAAAAGCCUAUUCCUUUCUCUCAUAGGUUCCCUAAUGCUGACCCUCUUGCCCUUCGUUUGUUGGAAAGAAUGCUUGCAUUUGAGCCUAAGGAUCGCCCUACUGCUGAAGAGGCUCUUGCUGAUCCUUACUUUAAGGGGUUGGCUAAGGUUGAAAGGGAGCCUUCUGCCCAGCCCGUCACGAAAAUGGAGUUUGAAUUUGAGAGACGGAGGGUGACAAAAGAAGAUGUAAGAGAGCUCAUAUACAGAGAGAUUCUUGAAUAUCAUCCGAAGAUGUUGAAGGAGUUUCUAGAUGGUUCAGAGCCAACUAGCUUCAUGUAUCCAAGUGCUGUUGAUCACUUCAAAAAGCAGUUUGCUUACCUUGAGGAACACUACAAGAACGGGUCAACUGGUGCUCCACCCGAGAGACAACACGCUUCUUUGCCAAGGGCCUGUGUAUUAUAUUCAGAUAACUCUGUCCAGGGAUCUGCUGAAGUCACUGAAGAUCUCUCUAAAUGUCGCAUUAAGGAAGUUGAAAAGCCACAUGCUGAGAGGAAUGGUGCUAUUCCGAUGACAAGGCUUCCUUUACAAGUGCCUCAAAAUGUAGCGGGAGCUGCUGCAAGGCCCGGUAAAGUUGUAGGUUCUCUAUUGCGAUACAAUAACUGUGGGGUAGCAGCAACGUCAGAAGCAAUGGAUCGGCGGGUGGUGCGAAAUCCAUCAAUUCCCACUCAAUAUGCUACAUCCAGCGGUUCGUACCCAAAGAGAAACAGCGGAUGCAAAAAUGAAAGGGGAGAAGAUGAUUCAAUGGAAGCGUCAAACGGACUACAACCUAAACCCCAAUACUUGGCGCGGAAGGUAGCGGCAGCACAAGGUGUACCCGGUAAUCACUGGUAUUAAUAUUCAAUCCUAAAUUUAAGGCGAAUGUCGACUGCCUGUCAACCCACUGCUUAGGCAUUUCGGGUGAGGUAUCGGGUUAAUGGGUUACAUCGGGUUUUGUUUGCUGAAAAUGGGUAUCCAAGUUAUUGGAGAUACGGAUUGUGGAAGCCGAAAUCUGGUCUCAUUUUGUGAUAAGAAAACUGUUGAAUGGACUUCAAAGUCGAAUAAGGCCGGUCAGGGUCGUUGGUGCCCUACUAAUGAUUCAUUCUUUACAUCGAUGACUUGGUGAUCAUACGUAUUGCAGAGGAACUCGUUAAUGGUUAAAUUAGGGGACUAGCUAAUAUCAAGUCUCGACAUGGGUAGAGGUGACGGUUAUGAAGUCCUUUUAUUUUCAUCGAUUUCUAUUAAUUGAAAUGUUUAAUGGCCAUUCCGGUAGGAUUAUGCUUAAUCUUUAUCGUUUGCACGUCUAACAGUAUUUUUACCUCCAACAAUAAAUGGCCAAUUGUCGUCAAUCCGACCUGAAAAAUUUGUCUAAUGUAUAACUUGUGAUGAAAUUCUCAACUUCAAUUUUAAAAACUUCCUUUGU